CCAAAGCCUUUAGAGCCACCUAACUCUCUGUGUCCGUCACAACCAGGAAGAACUCACAAGAUGAGGAGCUAGCAAGGAGGAGUUAUUGAAAAAAAAAACAAGGAAAAUAUUAAAUCAGCGAGGACACGCAAGUGAAGAGGUGAGGGAUUAAUGAAAAAUCCAGCACCACAGUAAACUGACACAGAGGAUUACAGUCACCAUGGACUUCACAAGACUGACGGCGCCCGUGGGCAUUGUGCGGAUAUUCCAGGUGAUCCUCACCUGUAUCUCCUUCAGCCUGGUGGCGUCCGAGGGCCACAGCACCAACUCCCUCUGGACGUGGUGCAUGUUCACCUGGUGCUUCUGCUUCUGUGUCACCCUCCUCAUACUCCUCCUGGAAUUCACCACUCUCAGCGCAAAGGUGCCCAUCUCCUGGGACGACUUCACUACCGCUUUUGCCAUGUUGGCCACCUUAAUGGUGCUGGCUGCGUCCAUCAUCUUUCCCGUCAUCUGCUAUUGCAGUGGUAAGCAGAUCGGUGCCACUGUCACAUCCGGCCUGGCAUCCAUCUUGUAUGCCAUCGAGGUCGUGCUGACCCGGGCCAAACCUGGUGAGAUCAGUGGAUUUCUGUCCACAGUCCCAGGCCUCCUCAAGGUUCUGGAGGCCUUCGUGGCCUGCAUCAUCUUCGUCUGCUUGGACUACACCGCGUUCACUAGGUUUCCAGGACUCCAGUGGUGCGUCGCUGUCUACUCCAUCUGCUUCAUUUUCGCCCUCCUUGUCAUCAUAUUUACCAUCUUCUGCCUUUUGUCCCUCUUCCCUGCACCAUUUGACAAACUUCUGACAGUCUGCAAUGUGUUGGCGGUGUUGAUGUACAUCACAGCUGUGGUCAUCUGGCCGUUGUACAGCUUCCAGAACAAUGCCAGACCCAGCUACUGCUCGAAAGUUAAGACGUGCCCAUGGAAUAAUUUAGUUGUUGUCUCAUUCAUGACCUGCGUCAACCUUGUUGCUUAUAUUGUGGACACAGUUUAUUCAUUUAGACUGGUGUUCUUCUCCAGUAGAACAUAGGUUGCAAAUACAAACCGUAAUCUCAAACACUGAAGCAGCUUAUUUUUAUGAGAUAUUUUUCUUAUUUCAGGUUCGUUUUCAUAAUGAAUCCACAUGCCAACAGGAGGGUGACUGAAAAGGAAACAAUGACUCACUCUAGUUUGUAACUUCGGGGAGAUAUGAUCCUAAUCUCUUUUCUUCCACAGUCAUUUUUAUUUUAUCCCUGUAGAUUUGAUAAUUUUACAGCAUUGAUAUCACAGAGUCAGUCUCAGUGGCAAACUUGUUUGGUCCGUGCUCUUGUCGAUUUCAUCGUGUGAAAUUUGAAUAAAAUGUACGAGUGAA